AUGAAUGUGGGUACUGCUCACAGUGAAGUGAAUCCGAAUACCCGGGUUAUGAACAGCCGUGGGAUUUGGCUGUCUUAUAUCCUGGGAAUUGGAUUACUUCAUAUCAUUCUCUUGAGCAUCCCGUUCUUCAGUGUGCCAGUGGUAUGGACACUCACCAAUAUUAUUCACAAUAUGGGAAUGUAUAUAUUUCUGCACACUGUAAAGGGAACGCCAUUUGAAACUCCAGACCAAGGAAAGGCACGACUGCUGACCCACUGGGAGCAAAUGGAUUACGGAGUGCAGUUUACAGCCUCGCGCAAAUUCCUUACUAUCACACCCAUUAUCUUGUAUUUUCUUACCAGUUUUUACACAAAGUACGACAAGUUACAUUUUGUUAUAAAUACAAUUUCGCUGAUGAGCGUCCUCAUCCCAAAACUCCCUCAACUUCAUGGAGUCAGAAUCUUUGGCAUCAACAAGUACUAAAUACAGCAUUGGCGGCAAGUGAGAAAGAAAAAGCUAUUGGGACAACCGACAGCAGGAAGGACACAUCAUGAUGCUCAGACAUGUAUACCCUGCACCCUUCAACCUCUUAGCAUGGACAUUUUAUUAUGAUUGGUGUAUUUGUUGGUGAAGCAGCUCAUUUUGGUUGCUGAGAUAUCACAUUAAAUAUUUGCAGUGCUUGGAAUAGAAAGCCUGCUUUUUCGUUUACUGCCUGUAGAUCCCAUUUUCUCAGACAAUAUUUUUGAUUCUUUGGCUGCCAUAUUAAGUUAUGGAGACUUUGAUAUUGUAGACAUUUAGUUGAUACGGGGUGUGAAUUUUACUGUCCAUUGACCAAACAGUUAUCAGAGUAUAAUUUGUAAAUAUUGUAAUGGAAAUAGACUUAUGAAGGUACAUAGUUUGAAUGAUAGUUGCAGAAAAUGUGUUUUCAUUGUCUCAAUGGAAACAACUGAUGAAAAACUGUAAUAUCAAAGCAUUUGGUGCUCAUGCUCCAACAUGACAGGAUUAAGGGUCCUUUACUUUGUUGAGGUACUUGGAAACAUGGUCUCUAUGGCAUAGAUGCCCCUCAAGAAACAGUGCUGGUCUUACUGUGCAUUUUAAUAGCUUUCUUUAGCAGAUUAUUUUAUUUAUUUUUGUUCUUGAUCUCAUAUGUUCAGUGUUGUAUGUGAAAAAAUUUACUAGGGAGAAUGUAAGACACUAGUAAGGGUGUGUUUUGAAGCACAGCUCAUGAAUGUUUGAUUUAAAAAGUUGGCUUCUGGAUACAUUUUCUAAAAUAAAGUGUUAUGUAAUACAGAGCCCAUGUGUUAAUUGAGGACAAGUGAGGCUGGAUAACUAAAUUUAUCUACCCAAGGUGUAGAGAAUCUCAAAGUAAUUUAUUUUUUUAAAACAUACAAAAACAAAUCAGGAUAUUAAUUGUUGGAAUACUGCAAAACUUUAGCAAUCAUGCAAUUUUCCUGUAAAUUUGCCUUUUUUAAAAAAGUCUCUGAUUGUCUAUACCUAUUCUGUCAUUCUGUCAGAGUAUAUUGUAAUUUGACUGAUUGAAAAAUGCGGUACGAUUCUCAUUGAUUUUUUUUAUUACUAGAUGGUAGUGAUGUACCUGACUUUUAUAUUAUGAUAUACCUGCUGCAAACUUGAAGUACAGGCUAGUACGUACAGCUCGUCCUCCUUGCGGUCUGUUAGGACUACCAAAAACAAUAGCACUGUGAAUCGUGAUUUUAAGCAAUAACAUGGAAAAAUACCAUAGCAAAGGAUCAACGAUGAGUAUGGACAGGGAAGCCUUGUUUGGUGUAGUAUAUAGAUUGCUGAACUUUUAUCUUUAGUGAUGGUAAUUUGAAACCAGCCCUUGCUCAAGAGCCAUCUCUCUGUCAAUCGUAAAAAAAGAAAUUUCCUGAAAUUGUAGAAUUGUUUGGUUUAAUGCAGUUUGGCAAAAAUCUAUGAGCCAUUAAGUUAGCUGAUUGAGGAAAUGUUAUCGCAAUUGAACAUAGUCGUGUUGCAAUACUGUUAUGGUCACGAGGUUAGAACAUUUUGCUUUGGAAGAUGUGAAGUCUUGCUUUCCUCACUGGUGUCAAAGACAAAGAAAUGGUGUCAUUCUCUCAAUGGAUUCAAUUAAAAAAAAUUAGCAGCACCCAACAGAAAGGUGUAUGAAGCAGAGAAUGUAUCCUUUUUAGAUCUCUGCAGCUCAGAUGGUGCAUAGAGCCCAGAACUGGUUUUGUCAUAUUUAAAUAAUUGAAGGGAAAAUCAAUCUGUUGUUGCAUUCUAUGGAGCAACCUCUUCUGAAGAUAUGUUUGUAUGAAAGUUGGGCAGGUCAGGCAUUGAACUCUUAUAAUCGACCCCUCCCCCCACCCCCCACCGAUUUUUAAAAAAAAAUCUGCCAUACCUUUCAUUUAAAAAAUUAAGCUGACAUUGGGAAAAAUUUAUUUUGGUCAGGAGCAAACAUGCCUACCAGUGUAAUCUAAUGAGAACGCUCCAUUAUUGGCAAUAAUUGAAAGUUUACAAUUUUUUUCUUAAAUUUUGGAAUUUAGUGAUAAGCUUCUUUCUUGCACUAGUACUUAACCGUAGAAGAAAAGUUAAGGUUGCACUUUUAAAAUAUUUACAAGCUGACACCAGUCUGUUACAUUCUAAAGGAAAGCAAAAGGACAACAUUCGGGCCUCAGACUUUCAUUGAAAAUCAGACGCAAUACUGGACAACUUUCUUUUUUGAAAAAAAAUGCAUUUUAAUUAAAAACUGAAUUAUAAAUUAACAAAGUAUUAACAUUUGUAGCAGUUAAGCCUGCCAUUUGCUUAGUUCCUACAGAAGCAAGGAUUAUGUGCACAAUCAGCUGCUUUUUGACUAUCAGUUACUGAAGGCUGUUUAUUGGAUUGCAUAUUCACAAGCUACUAUGAAACUUUCGGAAGAUUUAGCUUUGUGUCAAGUUUUGUAAAUGCUAAGGGGGUGCCAGUGAAAAAGUUAAAUUGCUGUAAUCAGGAUUUGUUAAACAUUUUAAAAUAUUGCUUUACAAUACUAUUCUGAUGCCUUGUACAAGAUAGUUAAAGCCUUGAAUUUAUAGAUUUUGAAUGCUGGUAAAUAUGUUAAGGAAGGUUGUUUUUAUAGUAUUUUGAUGGGUUCUGGAUUGUCAAAAAGUAACAAAACUGGUAAAGUACAGUAUUUUCUUUGGAACAUCCUUCUACUUCCAAUAUCUAUCUUAUCAAAUGGUAAUAGGUGAUUGGUUGGUGCUGAGCAAUAACAGUACCAGUCCAAACAUUGCAAACGUGGGCAAGUUCAGGAUAACCCAGGGUCAAACUACUGCAGUAUUUUUGUAGUGGCUAUUAAAGGUACGGAUUCCAAAUCUAUUUUGGCGAAAUCUGAAUAAUAUAUGUGCCAGAGUGGACGUUUUGAAUUUUAUACCAGUCUAUCAGUUGUGAUAUGAACUAUUGAAGAAUUAUUUGCAUUGGGGACUAGUGUGUUUGUGUGUUUGAACAUAUUGUCAUGUAUUGUAAAUAAGAGUUAAUUCAGCAUCUGGUGGCAAAAGGGUCUUGUAAGCCAACUGCCCUUCUCUGCAGAUGUUUUUCAUCUAGAUCUUUAUAAGAAAGAGUGAAUAAUAUUUUUAUUACUCCUUUGUACAGUAUUCUGAUAUUUAAUAAAGGUCAGUAUUCAUGUAA